CUCCUGAAGAUACUCUAGUCGACAGUACACGUCAACUAGUUGUGAGAAACGUGGCGUCUUUUUGUGAAAAUGUUCUGCAACAACAUGGCAUCUAUACUUCGUGCAGCUGUCGUCUGUAUUUUUCUUUUUAUAUGUGCAACACAUCUCAGUUCAGCUGAGAGCUGCAUUGGUGCAAGUUUCACAAGCAAAGUAUACACGACCACAGAUGGGGCCCUAUCAACAGAGACCGUGUUUCUGGUAGAAUUUCAGCUGUCUUGCAAGAAUAAAAUCUCAAAUAUUUUCUUGAAUGCUGAAGUGGACGGAAAGCAGAUCCCAGUUUCACGUUCAGGAGAUAAUCAAUAUCAGGUGAGCUGGACAGCAGAUCAUAAGGACGCCCCAGCAGGCACUUACAAUGUUGGUAUCUAUGAUGAAGAAGGUUUUAGUGCACUCCGAAAGGCCCUGAGAGCAGGAGAAGAAUCUAAAGUGAAACCUUUGAUAACUAUUCCCAUUGAUCAUCCAGGUGUUUCAAAAGGACCAUGGGUUAGUACAGAGAUCAUUGCUACAGGAAUAGCUGGCCUUGUAUGGUAUGCAGCAUUCGCUACAAAAAAGAAUAUUCAGUCAUAAUGAUCUUCCUUAAAAUAAAGUGUCGUCAUAGUUUAGAUUAGUUCAUGAGCCUAUAUAGAAACACAAUAGCAUGUAGUCUGAAACUCUGUACUCAUUGUACCUGUUUCAGUUGGGCAAAAAGGUAAAACGGUUUUAGACAUCUUAACAAAAGUCGAGCCAAGAGCCAGAGUCCCCUUCAGAAUCUUUUCCUGCUUAAUCCUCUCUAUUCUUCUAAAUAGGAAGGCAUGUGUUGUAGGUAAGUUGCUGAAAGACAAUGGUCGUGGCUUUUGUUAAGCUACCUUACAAUUUAAAUGCAAAACAUGCUGGGUACCAGCGUUCCAUGCAUUACUGAAUUAUAGUCUAAUUAUAAAGUUAUGAAGAUCCCAAGUACAGUGCCUGGGGAGUGGGAAUGAAAUAUUUCUAUCUAAUGAAUCGAUAUACUUGUGAUAUUUAAAAACAAAGUAAAUGUUCUUGUUAUAGGUAGUCAGUAGAGAUAGCACAAGUCUUGUGUGCCAACUUGUCAAUAAUUCAGGUUCAUUCUAUUGAAAUGAACACAGUUUUUGAGAUAAGGUUCAUUUUGCAAUUCAGCUUUCUGAUUUAAAUUGUUGGAAAAGGUAUAUAAAUGGUCUAAGAUAAAAAAGCAUAUUAAAGCUUCUUCAGAUUAAUUUAAAAAACCCACAAAUUUAUGAGUUUGAGUUAUCAACGCAAUUUUGUGUGUAUCAUGUCACCAUGUUAAUAUGUUUUUAAAUUAAAAAUCUUUGAAGUUUGUAUUAAUUGAAAAGAACAUAUGUGAAUAUUUAGUAAAGGUAUCAUGUUCAUAGAUUAAGAGAAUGCAUGUACUUUGUCCCCUAUGAACGAAAUGUAAUUAAUGUAGAAACUAGGCAUGUCAGAAGUACACUUUUACGUCUUGAGAGCGUUUCAUCAAUAUUUUCAUCUGACAAGUUGUCAGAUUUGACAUCUUUCCAUGAUUUUGAUUGGCUGAGAGGCACUCUUCCUAUGGUAAAUGUGUGAUAAAAUGGAAGUCCUUUCAUUAAACGCCCCCUGAUUUCUAAAGCAUGAAGAUAGAAAAUAAAAUAUUAGUGACAUGAUUAUAGAUAUAUUGUGUAAAAAUUCUAUGAAUACUUUAUUUUCUCCCACUGUUAUCCUAAUGCAUUCAGGGAGAGGGGUGGGGGCAUGGUCCUAAUGAGAAAUGUGUUCCUUCUGUAAAAUAAGAUUAUGGCAAAUAGAAGAGAUAAUAAUUAUGUGCAGUUAUUUAUACAUUUCUGGCUGGAAAGUGCUUGUGACACUUUGGAUUGACCUUUGAUAUUUCAUAAUUCAUAUCAUGAUAUGGACUCCAAUGAAUAUCUCAGUAUGUUCUCUAUUGAUAUGAUGAUGUUGAUAGCUUGCACUGCCCAUGCAUUGAGAGUGGCGCCUUUUGCGUUCAUAGUCGCUAGUUCAGAAAUCUCAAAUGUCAGGCUUUCCCAAUUUAUAAGACAAUUACUUGUGGACAGUUCUUGUAUGCUUUAAUACUGGUAAUGUCAAAGCAUUUUCUUGGUUUAUGGUUUGGUUAAUAACUUGAUAUGAAACAUGUAUAGUGCUAAUAAUUAUAAACUUUUUGGUUUAAAAAAUGGCUAUUCAAUGAUGACUUAAAGUCCUCCCAAAUAAAAAUCUUGAUCACUGGUAUAUGAGAACAUUUUGUGUCUUUCUCAUUCAUUUUUAGAACUUUAUUUAAAUUAUAGAGAGGCAAGAAUGUCAUUCUAGAAUUUUGUCCUCGUGUUAUGUCAGUUGGUAUUUGGACCAAUCUAUGUCAGAAUUAAAAUUUUCAGGAUUUAAACUA